GGUUGUCGCUUCACUUUUUAAGCUCUAAAGACUUUUCUUCGCAGUUGGAAUCAUUAUGUACGUGUGUGCACAUGGAGGAUAGAUCAUUAUUAAUUGCAGACAGGAGUACGAAUUACCGGGGUAAGUAUAGAAGCCAAAAUUAAAGAAGAAUACUGCAAGGAUAGGGAGAUAGAUUAAUGGCGAACCACAGCCACUAGAACGACUUUAUAUGUAGCUAGCACAUGGUGUAGAGUAGCGUUUGGACUAUUUAUCAUCUCUAGCUAGUUGUCGAUCUGGUUGUGAAAAAUGGCUUGUUUUACUACUACCUUUUCGUAUCUGAGCGUGGCAUGCGAUGGCCUUGGAUGCAAUGCCUUGAUUCAGGGACGUUAUUUUACUUGCUUGGAAUGCUCCAUUCCCGGCGGACCUAACAGUUUCGAUCUCUGCACCUCCUGCUAUCCGAAUCAAAACUACUCCCACCUCCACGCCACUUUUGUGGAAAAGCACAUCUCUGCGUUUCCAGCUGCAAAUUACCUACCCACAUCGUAUACAGCUGCGAGCCAACCGGCGACACUGAAUUUCAGUAAUGAGGCAGCAAUGAAGGGAAUAGAAGCAGUCAAUGCGGGUUGUAGUUAUUGCAAAUUGCCACAUUUUAUAGAUAAAGUUAAUGAUGUCUAUUGCAGCAUUAUGUGAUAGGUAGAUCCUUAUGUACAUGUAGUUUCCUCUCAUGUUUAAUUUAAACACGCAUGAGAAUAAUAUUUAUAGAUAUCUGCUUGGAUUAAUAUAUGGGGGUCGAGAGAAUAAGGAUCCUGGUAUCUUUCA